UUAAACACAUCUUUUCAAAGUUGGAAACAAAAAACAUGACGGGAUACCUGCCCACCCAUCUACGAUAUCUGGGAUCUUGAAGAAGUCCCAUGCUGACAUCACAUACACACGUGACCACCCGAAACCCAUACCAACAGUUUCUCGCUAUAGCAAAUCUCCAGCAAAGGAUAAUGAUCUGGCGAGGAAUUCGAGCAGGUCCCCAUACCUCAUCCCCCCACCAACCCCGCCUCGGAGGCUGGCUCUGGAGCGUCCCUCUCACAACAUUCUGUCUUGGAUCAUGGCAAUUAUACCGACUCGAUUGGAAAUUGGAUUUGAUUCGUAAAUGGGAGGAGAGGAUGUCUAGAGGUGGUAUCCCUCUUCCUGAAACGAUAACGCCGUUGGAUGAAUACACCCGCGUAACUCUAAAAGGCCAAUUCACGUCCCCCGAUAUCCAUCUCGGUCCACGAACUAGAACGGAUAUACCACCCACCCAACACAACCCCGUUGGAUAUUUCUUGAUAUCGGGGUUCCGGAAUGAUGAUGGUCGGAUUGUUUUGGUGAAUCGGGGGUGGGUUCCUAGAGGGGUUGGUGUGAAGAGUGUUGAGGGUGGUGUUGGGGUUGAGGGGGUUUUGAAGAGAGGGGAGGAGGGAUCCAUAUUCAUGCCCAAGAAUCGACCAGAUAAAAACGAAUGGUAUUGGAUGGAUUUAAAGGGUAUGGCCUCCCACGUAGGUGCAGAACCGAUCCUAGUUGAAUUGUUGGAAGAUUCGGAAUUGAAUAAAGGGUUGGAGACGCCGCCGUUUCGGCGGAAGGCUUUUACGAAUUUUAGGAAUAAUCAUUUGCAGUAUGCUAUUACGUGGUAUGGGAUUAUGCUGUUUUCGAGUGCCGUGUUGUGGAGGGGUCGACGGCGGGUACGCUAGACUUUUUGCGUAUAUAUAGGUGAGGUGUACGUUGUUUAGCGGGGAUAGAGGUGAGGGAUGAUGACGGGGUUGAUGGCAAUGUUAGGAGGCGUGGGCGAUAGGUACCUUUUUGCAUAUUUAAGCGGUGUAUCUUGGGUAUUGGGAUUUUGAUACAUGUCGCCGAUACAACACAAAUGUCUGUCACAUCUGGCCAUGUCAUCAUGAUACACACACACAUACAAGGAAAAAUACAAAAAUUCAGAUUCAGAAGCGGUCCU